UUAAUUAUUUUUAAAACCCUUCAUAUUGCCCUACACAGAAAACUAACCCCGGUCAUCUCUUUCUGACUGAAGUGCCGCCUCCUCCUCCUCUUAGUCUGAUUCAAGCUCACUCACUCUCUCUCCGCCGGACCACCCCCAUCAGUCCACGCCGACCGGUCAAAUUCUUCUCAAAGGGCUUUUCUUAUCUUAGUUUUAUUCAUCUAUGCCUUAGUCUGAUUCAUAUCACUGUCACUAUAAAAAAAAGUUCAUUUUUUAGUAUUGGGUGAUCUGAAAAGUGUUUGUUUUUCUAUGUCAAACCUCAUUCUCAACUAGGUUUUGCACUAUCUCCAUGAAGCAUAGGGACUCAAACCAAAAACCCAAUUCAAAAUCUGGGAUUUCUGGUCACACCCACAAAAGAAUCGUUAUUGAAAACGUUUGUGAACCUAGAGCUGAGCCUAGUGAUGGCGUGGCGUUCCACAUGACCCUCUUAUUCUUCACUACCCGUACCCCUUGGGUUCGAGCCUCCAAAGUCGCCAUUGCCCAUUUCCAUGGUCUUGCCCAAGGAGGAGGAGGGUCUUGGUCUCGACCCUUCAAUGAAAAAGAGGUAAUCUUGAACCGAAAUUCCGAGGCUUGGUUUGUUAAGGUUGUCUGUACUCUAUUUGUUCGUUUUCAUUUGUCAGAUACUUGUUUGGGUUAUUUGAGUAAGAACUUGACCCCUUUGGUUGCUUUUGAGGUUGUUAGACGGUUAGACAAUCCCAAAUUGGGCUUGAAGUUCUUUGAGUUUAGUAGGGAGAGUUUGGGUCUUAAUCAUUCUUUUAAGACUUACAAUUUGCUUAUGAGGUCUCUUUGUCAAAUGGGUCUUUACGAUUCAGCCAAAAUGGUAUUUGAUUGCAUGAGGAGUGAUGGGCAUUUGCCUGAUAGUUGGAAUGUGGGAUUUUUGGUUUUGUCGUGUGCACAAGUGGGCAGGUUUGAUCUUGCCAAGAAAUUGCUUGCUGAGGUUCAGUGUGAUGAGGUUGGACUUAGUUCUUUUGUGUAUAAUAAGUUGUUGGAUGAGUUGGUUAAGCGGAAUCUAGUAGAUGAGGCUGUUUGCUUAUUUAGAGAGCAUAUGGGAUUGCAUUCUCAUUUGGAUACUUGCACUUUCAAUAUUCUUAUUCGAGGUUUAUGCAGAAUAAGAGAAGUUGAUAAAGCUUUUGCGAUUUUCAAUGAUAUGGGGAGUUUUGGUUGUUCUCCUGAUGUAGUUACAUAUAACACUCUUAUAAAUGGAUUAUGUAGGGUCAAUGAGGUAAAUAGAGGGCAUGAGUUAUUGAAGGAGGUUCAGUCAAGAAGUGAGCUUAAACCGGAUGUUGUAACUUAUACAUCGGUUAUAUCAGGUUAUUGCAAAUUGGGUAAAAUGGAGGAGGCCUCUGUUCUUUUUGAUGAGAUGAUCAGUUCUGGAAUUAAACCAAAUCCAAUCACUUUCAAUGUUCUCAUCAACGGCUUUGGUAAGGCUGGUGACAUGGUUUCUGCACUGACCAUGCAUGAGAAGAUGGUCUUUCUCGGUUAUUUUCCUGAUGUUGUUACCUUCACUUCCCUAAUUGAUGGGUAUUGUCGAACCGGUCAGGUAAAUCAGGGUUUGAAGCUUUGGCAUGAGAUGAAUGCGAGAAAUGUUACUCCCAAUGUGUAUACUUUUGCUGUUCUUAUCAAUGCUCUAUGCAAGGAGAAUAGAUUGCAUGAGGCUCGUGAUUUUUUGAGGCAGAUGAAGUGUCAUGAUUUUGUUACAAAACCAUUUAUGUACAACCCUGUAAUUGAUGGGUUUUGCAAGGCUGGCAAUGUUGAUGAGGCAAAUAAGAUCAUGGCAGAGAUGGAGGAGAAGAAAUGCCACCCAGAUAAAGUGACAUUUACUAUUCUCAUCAUUGGGCAUUGUAUGAAAGGGAGAAUGUUUGAAGCAAUCAACAUUUUUAGUAAGAUGUUAUCAAUUGGUUGUGCACCAGAUACCAUUACUGUGAAUUCUUUAAUAUCUUGCCUUUUGAAGGCUGGUAUGCCUAAUGAAGCCUUUCGCAUUAAGAAAACUGCAUCUGAGGACCUGCAUAUGUCAUCUUUGAAAAGAACCAUUCCUCUAAGAACAGAUAUGGAUAUUCCAAUGGCUAUUUAAUUGAAGGACUCCUACGGAAGUGGACUUAAAUUGUUGUCCCAAUGGUUGGACAAGGUCGUUCAGCCAUUUUCCCAUUGAGUCCAAAUGAAACAUGUCGAGCUUGUGGCGCAAAAGAUUGACAAGCAAGCUGGGAUCUAAUGGAUGUUUAGAAGACAUUUUUGGAAUCCUGACUGAAAUUCAAUAGUAAAUGUCUGGGGAAUUUUGUAAUUUAAAUUUUUUACUAUUAAUUAGAUAAAUGGGCAAAAACAGGGUUCAAUCCCCCCUCCCCCCCCCCCCCCCCCCCCCCACUUGUUGUAACAAUUGAAUUAUAUAAAAGAAACAUGGCAAACUUUUCAAAAUAUUUGGUGAUAUAGGCAUAUAGCCUUUUCUAAAAUGGUGUUUUCAAAACACGAUUUCUGCACUUGAAUUGUGUUUUGAAUACACAGUUUCACUUAAAAUGUUGAGUUGGUUGAGAUGGGGUGGCUUUUUUGUUUGUUCGUUUUUUUUUUUUUUUUUUUUUUAAAGAUAUCCACCGAUAAAUCAUGAUUUCGAGACACAAUUUCUGGUUAGCCAUUUUACCACCCCCAACAAUUUGGUCACUUUACCAAAUAUAGUACCCCCCCCCCCCCCCCAAACAGCGACUUCAGCCCUCAAUUGCCCGCCACUAUCGAUUGUCCAUUGCCCCCCUUUGCUCUGCCUCUCACUCGGGCUGUGUGAGGACAAAUGGGUAGCAUUUUCUUUCUUCAUCACUGGCUUAGUAUCUUUUUCUGCUUCAAGCCUUCAAUAUCAUUCAACAGUUUAUUCACUGUCUCUCCAACCUCCUCCGCAAAUACUUCAUCGGAUUUGGACACAGAGGAACAAGCAUUGGAGCACAAGUCAAACUCUGCUAACCAAACCAACCUUGUGAAACAUCACCAUAACACAUUCUCAGACCCUGCUGCCAAAUUUAUGUACGUGAAUCAUGGACAUCAUUAAACUCAGGCAGAUUGGCUACAAGAAUAAAUCUCUAAUAGAUGUAUUAAUUUAGAAAAUAUUUACUGUAAUUUUCCUUUUUAUACAAGUGAUAUAAAGCAGAUUGUAAAUAUAUAUGCAAAACCUCUCGCAGAGUGUGAGGUCUAACACCAAUUAUUUUCUUCUUUAGUGGAAUUCUUUAGGUUAUUUAUUUAUUAUUUUUUUAGAGUAGAAGAAAAUUCUUUAAAUAGUAUAUUUUAUUUGUGGAAUUCUUCCAGAAAUAUUCAUUUGAAAUUGUGAAUCCAAUGAUACUGGCGGGAAGAAAAGAUAUUUAGUUUUGUUA